GGUCAGAGCCCGCCCCGGGGUCCGCCAAGGUGCGUCUCCUGGCAGACGCGGCAGCCUGGGGCCGAGCGAGCCCGGACGCGCCACCUGCGGUGCAGGCUGCUGCUUUUUAUUUACUAGCAAACCCUGUUUCCCCGCGGGAGAGUCCGGGAGCGCGCGGGCACACACACACACUCACUCACUGACACACGCGCUCGCGCACACACAUAUACACACACGCUAGCGCUCUUGUCUUCACAACUGCAUGCCCAAACCGACAGUGCGAAGCUACUGCGGUUUCUCUUAACCUCAGCACCGUGGGGAGAAGCAGAGCCGUUGUGCAUCAGGGAGCGCCCAGUGCCUGAGCUGCCGCCUCGGGUACAUACACAAUCCAGCAGACCGCUCACCCCAUCGGCUGGAAUGCUUGCAAACUGCUAAGGCUGUGAUCCUGAGGAACCCAGCUGGAGAAUGCCGUCUGAACGCUGCCUGAGUAUUCAAGAAAUGCUGACAGGCCAGAGGCUCUGCCACUCGGAAUCUCACAAUGAUAGUGUCUUGGCAGCGCUGAAUCAACAGAGAAGUGAUGGCAUCCUCUGUGACGUCACCCUGAUUGCCGAGGAACAGAAAUUCCAUGCUCACAAGGCAGUCCUUGCAGCGUGCAGCGACUAUUUCCGGGCGAUGUUCAGUCUCUGUAUGGUGGAAAGUGGAGCAGAUGAGGUCAGCUUACAUGGUGUGACCAGCCUUGGCUUAAAGCAGGCCCUGGAGUUUGCAUACACAGGACAGAUUUUGUUGGAGCCCGGCGUGAUCCAGGAUGUGUUAGCAGCUGGCAGUCACCUACAGCUGUUGGAGCUUCUCAAUUUAUGUUCCCACUAUCUCAUCCAGGAAUUAAAUAGCUUUAAUUACUUGGAUCUGUACAGACUUGCUGACCUCUUUAACCUCACUUUGCUGGAGAAGGCAGUGAUCGAUUUCUUAGUGAAACAUCUCUCUGAGCUCCUGAAGAGUCGCCCAGAAGACGUUCUAACGCUUCCUUAUUGUCUGCUCCAGGAGGUUCUGAAGAGUGACCGCCUGACCUCCCUGAGUGAAGAGCAGAUCUGGCAGCUAGCCGUGAGGUGGUUGGAACACAACUGCCAUUACCAGUACAUGGAUGAGCUCCUGCAGUAUAUCCGCUUCGGCCUCAUGGAUGUGGAUACUCUCCAUACAGUUGCCCUGUCCCACCCCCUCGUCCAGGCAAGUGAAACUGCGACAGCUCUUGUCAAUGAGGCGCUGGAGUACCACCAGAGCAUCUAUGCACAGCCCGUUUGGCAGACUCGCAGGACCAAACCACGGUUCCAGUCAGACACUCUGUAUAUCAUUGGUGGGAAAAAGCGUGAGGUCUGUAAAGUCAAGGAACUUCGGUACUUCAAUCCUCUUGACCAGGAGAAUGCUCUCAUAGCUGCCAUUGCCAACUGGAGCGAGCUGGCUCCCAUGCCCGUAGGAAGGAGCCACCACUGUGUGGCAGUCAUGGGGGACUUUCUGUUUGUAGCAGGAGGAGAAGUUGAGCAUGCUAGUGGCCGGACGUGUGCCGUGAGGACUGCCUGUCGCUAUGACCCCCGCAGUAAUUCCUGGGCGGAGAUAGCACCCAUGAAGAACUGCCGGGAGCAUUUUGUGCUGGGUGCCAUGGAUGAAUACCUCUAUGCAGUUGGGGGUAGAAAUGAACUGCGCCAGGUUCUGCCUACAGUUGAGCGAUAUUGCCCCAAGAAGAACAAAUGGACUUUUGUGCAGUCCUUUGACCGAUCCCUUUCAUGUCAUGCUGGAUAUGUGGCUGAUGGUCUUCUUUGGAUAUCAGGUGGAGUAACUAACACAGCACAAUAUCAGAACAGACUAAUGGUAUAUGAACCUAACCAGAAUAAAUGGAUAAGCCGCAGCCCUAUGUUGCAGAGAAGGGUUUACCAUUCCAUGGCUGCCGUUCAAAGAAAGCUUUAUGUUCUCGGAGGCAAUGACCUGGACUACAAUAACGACCGGAUCCUUGUGCGGCAUAUAGAUUCUUACAACAUAGACACUGACCAGUGGACGCGUUGUAAUUUCAACCUGUUGACUGGCCAAAAUGAAUCUGGAGUCGCUGUCCAUAAUGAGAGGAUAUAUUUAGUUGGUGGAUAUUCGAUUUGGACAAAUGAGCCUCUGGCUUGUAUCCAGGUGGUGGAUGUAAGUAGAGAAGGCAAAGAAGAAGUAUUUUAUGGGCCAACACUCCCUUUUGCUUCUAAUGGAAUAGCGGCAUGCUUCCUUCCAGCUCCGUAUUUCACAUGCCCUAACCUUCAGACUCUUCAAGUGCCUCAUCACAGGAUUGGGACCAUCUGAAAACCAAUGCUUUGUUAAUAACUGUCAUUAACAAAAGGGAAAGAAAAGGUUCACUUCUGAAUACUGGGCAUGAAAAGACUCAGUGCUCAAUGCUUCCUUGUUUUGUUUUAUAUGUCUUAUUUUCAGAUAAACAGUAGCAAAAAAAAAAAAAAGUUUUCUAAAAUACAUUACUGAAACCUGUUGUCACCCUUCUCUUUGUGUUUCAAUAUACACUAUGUCUGGUGUAAUAUACACUGGUGUAGCUCAGUGACAACGUAAUGGUCAGUUACUGUUUCCGUGGGUCUUUAGAGCCUUCAUUGUAGACUUUCUCUAAUCAGCACUGUCUAGGAAAACAGGAAAAUGUUAGUAAGGCAAUUUAUUUCACAGGUACUGCCAUCAACAAUCUUUAAAAAAAAAAAAAUCUUCAGGAGUCAAUCCUUACUACUUAAACCUGGGCUUGUAAUUUUUAAAAAAUAUUUAACAUUAUGCAGCCCCACUAGUAUAGACUCAGUAUUAUGACAUUAUAAAAUUUUAAAUUCCAGGUUUUAUCAUGUUUUAUUUACAGUGACAUGAACGAUAGAAGUAACUGGAACAGCAGUUGGAACGCCCAGACUGUUCAACUUGGUUAAUCUGACCUUGGGCUAGGUGCUUAACUUUCAGUGCUAGGUUUCCUACUCUCUAAGGAGGAUAAUUAUUGAUCUCUGCAUCCAUUCAGAAGAAUGUUGUGAGGAUUAGGCAAAUACUCUGAAGUAGUUCAUUUAAGAAAAAAAAGUUACUCAAAUUACAAGGUAUUUAGCUGUCUUUAGAACCUUGUAACUGAACAGGGAGAUUAUUUUUGAAAUUAUUUUAAAAUUACUAAAUAGAACUUGGAACACAUGCUGUGGGAGAAAUGAUUCUGAAAAGCAUGUGAAGAAAUGCUAAUUAGGAAAAGGGGAGUUUACCAAAGCCAAAGAUUCCUAAGUCUGUACAAAUUCUUGCUUCAAAUAAUAAUUCAAACAUCUCGUUUAAACUCAUUUAGUGAAAAAUGACAUUUCAAAGCUCAAAAAAAAAAAUUAGCUGUACUAAUUUGGGCACCAUAAAGUGCUCUGACAUAAAUGUGAACCUAGACUUGGUAGUUCUAAUACAAGUUUUUCCACUUUGUUAAAGGUUAUGUCAAUCUUGAGCACUUGUGGGACUCUUCCUCCACCACCAAUACAUAUUUUAUUACUACCACUUUUAAUAAUGCAUACGAAUUCUUAUUUAGGCUAGAUUUUUGGAUUUGGUUUGUCUAUAACAAAGUACAUAUAGUAAAAAUCACAUUUGAACAUGAAUUCAAGAAGUAUAACAUGAGUUUCUCCCAAGUCAUCUAAGUCACUUUUAAUAAAAGAAGGCUUUGUUUGGACUUUUUUCCUUUGGCAUAGUUUAAGCAACCCUUACCAUACAAACAGAAAGUUGUCAUUUUGUUCAUGUAACUCUUUUGUUAAUCAGAAGUGAAUAAAAAAGCAAACUUUUUUUUAAUCCUAAAUACAAAAUUCACUAGCUUUUUAACAUUGUUAUACCUAAAAAUUUUAAUUUUUAAAUAAUAAAUCUGGUUAUUCAGAUUAAAGAGCAGAAGGAGAGACUAAAGGUAAGGGGGGGAGAGUAAGUUAAAAACCUUCCAGAGAUUCAGACAAAAAAACUUAAGAGUAAUUUUACAGUUCUGAAAAGUGAAAAUUGAUACUGAUAUAUUUAGAAGAAUGAGUGAGCAUCUCUUUAAAAGGUAUAAAUCACGUAAACUAGAAAAUUUAAAUGCCUUACCAAGUUGGGAAAAUGACCUCUAGUAUUUCAAAUAUCUUUUCAAUGAGAACCUAAGCAAGAAGUAUUUCAGAUUUAUUAAAAUUUCUACUUGACACAUGAAUUUACCUCCAGCCAUUUUGUAAUCCCAGAUCCUAUAUCCAACAAAUGAAAGGAAAAUGGUCUAAAAAUAAGCUUGCCUGACUAAUAAAGGUAGCCUGAGAUUACUUUUGGUAUUUUCCAUAUCAAUUUCUAACUAUUCAUUUAAAACAAAUCAAUAUAUUAUCAAACCCUUUGUUGGUGAACUUUUAAUGUAUUAUUCACUAAUAUUACAGAAUUGAACUCAGAAAGUUUUAUAUGGUUUUUUGAAAUAAUUCUUUACAGUAUGAACUAAGAUAGCCUCCAAAGCACAACAUUCCUAGGAAAAAUAAAACUCAAAAUUCUAAUGAUUAGAUCAUUCUCAAGUUAAUAAGAGCUAAUUUUUUGGGAAACUGUGGUCAUAAAACUAAUUUCCAUUGAAACUAUUCAAAUAUAUAUUUUCUAUUUAAGUGAACUAUAGUAAUUCAUCUUCCACUUUUAUUCUUAAAAAUUAUAGACUGGGGAAAGGAAGAAAAAAAUUAUAGACCAUAUUUGUAGUUAAUUAGGUUAAUCUGAAUUUCCAUAGGAAGAACAUGAAAAUUCCAACCACUUAAACACCAUUUCAAGAUUUCACGGUAAAAGAAAACACAGUACCACAUAGGCAGUAGCACAGUGUUUCUCUGGGUAGGAAGAAAAGCCAGCAAGGACAUUAAUCUCUAGAACAGUGUUUGUGCAGUGAAAUUCCUUAGAUUCUUAAUAACAAAAUACCAAUUGUGUUAUGAUUAGGAUAUUUUUCUUCCUUUUUGUCUUCAUGUUUUCUUCACAGUUUAACGCCAUGUAUACUAUAUGCCUUUCAGCUACUGAAAUAACUAAAAAACCUUUCUACUGUUUUACCACAGAAUAUAAAAACAACAGGAACAAGAUAGUAAUUAUUCCUCCAAGUGAUGCGGUUCAUUUUUAUUUUGGUUUUCAAAUAAUCUGUCAUAAAAAAGGAAGUGAAAUAAUCAUGGGUGCAAUGUAAAUAUAUACAUUUUAAAAAUCAUGUUAUAUGCACAAUUAACUUAUAAGCAUCAAUAUACAAUAAGGCCCAGAAUUUUCUGAAAACAAAAUUCACAAAUGCAAUAAAUGCUAUAAAUUGGAAAACUACUAACACACCAAAAACGUUAAUAAGCAGAAGUUAUUCAAUUCCAAUCAUGUAGUACUUAUUUUGGUAACAUUAGCAACAUAAAUUAUCACAGAAUCAAAAUACAAAUCUUGGAUCUUAUUAAAUAUCUGAAAAAAUAGGCUACUUUGCUAGCUUCCCAAACCAACUGUUUUAAGCAAACAAAACCUGGUAUUUAUACAGGCAUACUACGUACUUGACUGACAAGGUAGUAUUUUUAACCCCAGGAGGAGAAGGCAGGAGAUGAGUUUUUGGAAAAAAAUAAGGUUUGCGUAAAAUCUAUAGGAUUUAGGGAAGACUGGUUUCCUAGAGGCUUUUCCCAACUGCAGAAAUUGUCAAAUUUUUAUAUAACAGAUAAUUUUAACAAAGGGAAUGUAAAAAUAAAAGCUGUCAAAGGUUCUGUUAAAGUACAUGUAAUUCUUUAAGAACAAAGUGGCUUUAAAAAUUUGUGAAGAAGCAUGAAAGAAAAUAAUAAUGGGUAAAGAACACACACACACAGGCUAGAGAUGAGUUUGUUGUUGUUGUUUUUUAAAUAUAGAUGCCCAGGUAGAAAAAGUCAAAUAGGCUUAAGAAAAAAUAUGCUAGGAAUAGGUAAAAAUACAAAAGUUUUAAACCAUGAAACUCUUCUAAUGCAAAUGAAGUCAAUACUAAAAGAUUUCUGUACAGAGAUCAUACUCCAUGUUUUUUACUCCCCCAUGAAAACCUAAUUAAAUGUUCAAUUAAAGUUUAAAUCAUAACCAAAUCUGAAUAUCUAAUAAAGUCUUUCUACCAUUCUGUUGUCCUUCAA